AUGGCAGGGUUGGUGUCCCUUCAACCUUCCCCUUUUUGCUCUCCCACGUCAUACCGUGUGCUAACUCACGAGUCUUUUUGCUUUUCAGGACAAUCGCAAUUCCUGACCACGCCCAUCACCGCGAAGCCGUUAUCGUUUGGCAACCUGACGCUGGAUGACCCCAACUACGAGGAGGAGUUGACAAAGGGCGGCCCGGACAGCGAGAAACGGCUUAUGGAAAUGCUUGCCGCCCAGGCCGCACACACAACGAGCGCCGUGUUCGAGGACGAGGAUGUCGUCGCUGCCGAUCCGAAGCGGUCCGAGGAGGAGAAGAAGGAUGUAUUGCAGAGGACGUUCAUCAUGGCCGCCAGCAAUGGCAACCUGGAGUCUGUAAACAAGAUAUUGAACGGAAAGGCCAGGGAAUACAUUGACGUGAAUGCGCCAGACGACGAGGGGACGCCGGCCCUCAUAUACGCGAGCUGCUUUUCGGUGGUACAGGCGUUGAUUGACGCGGGAGCCGAUGUCGACAAGCAGGAUCGCAAUCAAUGGAGUGCUCUUAUGUGGGCCAUGACAAACAGACACAAGGGAAUCGCGACGAUACUUUUGGACAAUGGGGCGUCGCCAGAUAAGAAGACCUCGACAGGGAGGACGGCGUUCGAUUUCGCUGGCCAGGAUAGCGACAUGAACUUUUACCUCAACGACAGUGGCGGGUAUGGCAUCGGAACGGUCGGGCUAGACGAUGACUUUUAUAAACCUGGAUUUUCCCAGGACAAGUUCGAGGAAGAGUUGGCCGAAAACGAAAUGCGCCGACGCAUGAUGAUGGACAGUGCUAGGGAUCUGGAGGUGGACCUUGGCAACAUGGGCAUCGAUGACCAGCCUGAGACCUUUGAUGAAUUCGAUGAAGAAGAACAGCAGGAGUUUGACUGGUCAAGAUGUCUUCACGAUCAAAUGUUUGUUUUCCAGGAGAGCGAUCUCGACACGAUCCUAGACAUUGUCAUCACCAACAUGACACCGCAACGAUCUCCAACUCAGAAACCAGUACCAGCAAACAUGAUUUUUCUCGGGGCCAGAUAUGCGCAUUAUCACGCCAGUCCAGAGUUACUGGCGAAGCUACUGGUAACAGCUAUGGACAAGAUCAACUACGUGGUGGAACAACACCAAUGGGACAUGACCAUUCUUGCGUUCUGGAUGUCCAACGCCACGCUUCUUCUACAUUACCUCAAAAAAGACGACGGCCUCGUCGAGGCCACAACCGAGUUCCAAGCGCAAUUGGCCGAGCUGAUUAACGAAAUUUUUAUUCUUAUCGUCCGCGACGCCGAGAGACGCCUGGACAAGGUGCUCGAACCGGCGAUGCUCGACCACGAAACGAUACCGGGGUUCGAAAACAUCACGUUUCAAAACGAAUGGAAGCUCUUCAAGAGGAAAAAAGAGGUGCAAGAAGAGCCUCUCGAGAAGCGAUUACGACCUCCGUCGCCAAAACAGCGAGCGAAGCCCUCGCCACGAAACGUUACUUCCCUGCUGUCGUCCACCCUUUUUGUGCUGGAUCUUUAUGAUGUGCACUCGGUGAUCACGGCGCAGAUUUCUUCGCAGCUGAUAUACUGGCUCGGGGCGGAGCUGUUCAACCGCAUCAUGUCCAACAGGAAGUAUCUGGCGAGGACGAAGGCGAUGCAGAUCAGGAUGAAUAUUUCUGUCUUGGAGGACUGGGUGAGGAGCAACAACCGGCAGCCGGAGCAUUAUGAAAAAGGGGAGAUGAAGUCGACGGGGGAGACGUUGUUGGAGGCGUCGAAGAGGCACCUGGCGCCGGUGAUUCAGCUGCUGCAGUGGCUGCAGUGUUUUUCGAGUUUGGGGCAGGACGACCUGGAGGCGCUGGUGGAGACGCUGCAGCAGUUGCGGAGUCUGAGUCCGCAGCAGCUGUUGCAUUCGGCGGCGCAUUAUAGGCCGGAGGUUGGGGAGGGGGGACUGCCGAAGUCGGCGCAGAAGUAUUUGGCUGCUGUUCAGAAGGAGCGGGAGGCGAGGAGGAAGGUGGCUGGGGAGGGGUCGUCGCCAGGGAAGAAUAAGAAUGGCGGUGGUGAGGUUCCGAUGUCGCCGGUGGAGGGCGGCGGGGGGAUGUUUGAUGAGGAGGUGGAGGAGGCGCCGGCGAAUUUGCUGCUGGAUCCGGCGUUGAUGCUGCCGUUUGUGCUGCCUAGCGUGACGGAUAUGUUGGUUAGUUAUGGGGCUGGGUUUGGGGGGGUGAAUAGGGAGCGGGAGAGGAAGUAUUUGCCUAGUAUACCGCCGGAGUUUUUGGAGAGGAUUGAGAAUGCGACUGGGCAGAGUGGUGGGGGUGGAGGGGGGAUGGGAGGGGGAGGGAUAGGGGGGAUGGAUAGGGGGCAGAGGUUAUAUGGGGGGAGGGAUUGGGAGGAUGAGGAGUAG